UCAGGAAAACGUGUCAAACAAACGUGUCACAAAUCAAAACAUGUCACAGAAAAAUUCACAAAAAAGCUUUAUUCUGCUAAAUUUAUGGGCAAUUAUUUCGCCCACUUUCUAAAAUCGCUCACAACUAUGCCAAAGAAAAUAAUCAAACUUAUUAAACUCGUAAGAACAUAACACGAUCGCUUAAAACAUGGCGCGAAACUUGGAACCUGGUAAAGCUGAGAAUGUGGAAUCUUGGUCAUAUGGGGAGCGAAGAUCUUGGACUUUGGCGUUGUUUUUUGGCCUAAUGCUGUCGUUUAUGUCGCGUACGGUUGGUCCAGUAACUAUGGUCGCGUUGUCGAAGGAAUUUGGGUGGGAUAAAGACGUUCAGGUAUAAUAUUAAUAGUAUUUGGAGGUCUUGAUUUUGAAUGAAUGAGACUCGACAAGAGUUGUAACUCUCACUCACGUUUGACCACCCAACUCUCAUCGACUCUCGUGCAGUCUCAUCAACUCUGAUUGACUUUGAACUCGUUCAAAUUUUGAUGGGAGUUGGUAAGAGUUUUUGCCAUUGUAUGGAAAUAUCCAGUUAACUCUCAUCAACGCUCAUGCAACUCUUGCUCUCGCUUGACCAGGGCACAGAGUAGAGACAUACAGAGACAUAACUAGUGCACACUUUUUUGUGCGCAUGCUCGGCAAGUUACUAGAUGCAUGCAUCUGAUUGGAUGACGACCUGAUGACGACCACUUUAAACUUGCUGAGCAUGCGCAGUUGAUCAUUUUUCGCCUGGUCGCCUGAAAAAAAGUGGGUACCGGUACAUGAUAACGUAAUCUUCCGCAGUGUUUACGAUGGUCAGUUACGUCUCUGUAUGUCUCUACUCUGUGACCAGGGCAUGAGAGUUGAGAAAACUCUCAUGCAAACUCUCGCUUCUCGACUUUCAUCAACUCUCAUUCUCAUUUGUCCAGGGCUUUAGUCUAAUGGCCCAGUCUUAAGCCCUGGACAGAUGUGCAAGAUUUCCUUGAGAAGCUUACCUUCUUGUGUGUAUGGUCAACAAGUUUUCCUUGACAAGUUUUGUUGCUUGUCUCACGUCAAGACUGCCUUUUGUUUGCUAAAACCAUAGAAGUAUUUCUUGUACACUUGUCAAGUUUUCCUUGGUGGCCGUCAGGCAUGGAUUUUCUGGGGGGUGGGGUGCACCCCCCAGAGGAUUUGCACCCCCCAGAGGAUUUGCACACCCCAGAGGCAUUUGGCACCGCCCCCAAAAGUUUUUGCACCCCUACAAAUUAUACAAUUAUAUUUUGAUUUGAUAGUUUCAUAUUUGAUUAUUCUUACUACUAAAUUUGUAAAAUUACCAACAUUAUGGUCUCAGAUCUCGCCAUGCAGGCCUAGAAAACAAAUUUUGUUUAAACGUUUUCCUUGGCCUUUCUGGGCGUUGCCACCACGCCCCGGCCAAAGCAAGCAGCAGCACCCCAUAGAUAUUUAUCCACCCCCCAAACGAAAAUAUGAAAAUCCUUCUCUGGUCGCCAUACACACAAACAAAUUGUGCCUUGUCCAAAAGCUGGUAUGACUAGCUUUGGAACAAGGCAAGAAAACAUUAUUUGUCAAUAUGUUGUAUUAUUUAGCUGUGUGGUUGAGCUCAAAUUUCUUAAAGUAAGGAUCUUAGUGAUGGGGGUUUUGUUGAGUCGACUUGUCGCUCUUGCAGCAUGCCAAAUUUUACUGACUCGAAUCCUAGUCUAGGUCAGGGUAGCCUACGGUGUAGACCCCAGCAGAAACACAUUUCGUGAGGGGUCUACGAAUAAACGAAGAAAAGCUUGCCCGGCCUACGUCAUAUCCGUUUUACGUUUUGGGUAAAUUAACUUCAAUUUAUUCAAAUUUCUGAAGCGUGCGAGAAUGUAAAUUUUCAUUUGGCGCUUAUUAAAGACAUUAAAAUGUUCCAUGGCGGGCAUUGUGCAAUACAAAUGUGUUCUUUACUUCAAAGUCCCGUCGAAUAAAAGCGAUAUUAAUUUCUUGGACAGCAAGGACGCUGUACGUAAGGACUAAGGAGUUAGACGACCUUUCCUUCUCCAUUUCACCCGCCUGGCGUUGGUAAACAAACGGUGAAAUGCAGAAGCUUCAAAGAACGGUUUAAUAUGUGAACUAGAGCCUAGACAAUACGAUAACCAACGUGCACGAAACAGCAUUAGGCGCUAUUGAUAAAUGUCGUGAACCAACUAGGAUUCGAGCCGACUUGCGAUAAAGCUUAUAAAAGCUUAGCUUUUAUGCCGGCUACAUUUAGUGUGAAAUCGACUUUGUCUUCGACUUCGGAAAUUGGAUAUCUUGACAAGUUUUAAGCCUUCAACAGCCUAUAAACAGUUUGUACGAAUGACAAGAACUUUUUAGUCUGUUCGAACAUGUGUUUAAUGGUUGGGUAUAUAUAUAUAUAUAUAUAUAUAGUCAGGGUAUAUUUUAUUGCACAAAGACCGCCAUGGAACAUUUUAAUAUAAAGCGCCAAAUGAAAAUUUACAUUCACGCACGCUUCAGAAAUUUGAAUAAAUUGGAGUUAAUUUACCCAAAACGUAAAACGGAUAUGACGUACGCCGGGCAAGCUUUUCUUCGUUUAUUCGUAGACUCCUCACGAAACGUGUUUCUGCUGGGGUCUACACCGUAGGCUAAGGUCAGGGCUGCAAAUAAAUAAUAUUUGACUUGACAGGACAUUUGUCUGAUCACUUUUAAUUUUGGUCGGACAUAACUUGAAUUUGGUCGGACAAAAACCAACACCACUAAAUUUGGUCGGAUAUAUAUACAUACGUCACAAGAUAUAUAUAUAUAAGUCACAAGACAAGUAUGAGAGCUAUUCCGGUGCAACAUUAUAAGUAAAAUGCUAGAAUGCCUCGUCAAUUUUAUUGCAAAAUGCAAAUUGAAUGAAUUUGCAAUUGGAUUUUGUCACAGCAAAAAAAUGCAUAAUGCGACAAUUUUUUUUCUGAUCUGACCAAUGUCCGAUCCAAAUUACUUUUGCUCGGACAUUUGCCAAAUUUAGUCGGACAUUGUCCGAUGUUCGACAGUAAUUUGCAGCCCUGCUAGGUGCAUAUUAAUUAGCAAGACAAACUUAAUAAUUGGCCAUGCAUUAUGAUGGAUAGCCAUGUCUAUUUAUGUGUUGUAUGUGUAAUUGAAACAUGAGUAAAUGUUAAAUGUUUUUGAGUUUUGAGUUAGUACUGUUGUCAGUGAUUUUUUGUGCCAAAGAGAUUAUGCAAUUUCCUGCAAGUGUGACAAGUCAACAGUUGCUCUCGCCAAAUUGGGAAAUCGGCAGCUAAACGUAAUUGGUAAAACAGUGCAUAAUGCCAAACCUUUGAAUGUAGCUAACACUCUGAAUGUGUAUACAUUUCAGGGUUCUAUACUUUCUGCAUAUUUCUGGGGUGCAGGGAUGAGUCAUUUCCUUGGUGGCUGGAUGGGUGAUAUUUAUGGAGGUGACAACGUUUUAUUCUGGACUAAUGCUUCAUGGAUAAUGAUUACACUCUCUACACCUUUUGUGAUUCGUUCUUCACACUUUGUGUCCACGUCAACGAUGUAUUUAUUUCUGAGGUUUCUUAUGGGUCUGUUUCAAGGCGCGUUUCCUGGUGCAAUGGCAAGUCUGUUAGGGAAAAAACUUGAGACAGCUCAUAAGUCUUCUACAAAUGGGAUCAUAAAUUCUGGUGCUUGUAUCGGGUAAGUUUAACAGAAGAACUUCUGAAAAGACCAAUGACUGGGAGCAUAUCUGUGAAAAUGUUCAACUACUGUAAAAUAGGCCUUCCUCCUCUAGCAAGAAUAGAACCUGUGGCCAUGUCGUGUCAAUGCAGCUACAUGUACUGUAAUAUAUUUCUGCUAAUUAUUUCUGAUGUAAUUUCAUUACAAAGUUACAUUAACUAAUUGAGUGCCAGAACUUUCCCCUCGAUGAGUAAGAUUAUCUGGCAUUAGAUAGAGUAAAAUAAUAAAGUAGGGCUGGUUGGGCUGCAAUGCAACUCAAUGGGUUAAAGCAUUAAAAAUGUAUUCAUUUAGAAGUUAAGUUGAAAACAUCCUCUUAAACUGCCAGCAUUCACCCCCUUGACGAGUAAAUCAUCUGGCGUUAGACAAACUAUCGUAUCAGGGUGCAAUGCAACUUAAUGGGUUCAUGCCAGCAGAAAUAAUGGGUUACUACUGUGUGCUACUUUAUCAUUUUACUCUGUCUAAUACCAGACGAUUUUACUUGACAAGAGGAGUGCCCAAUGGGUUAACAUGCAAUACACCUGCCAAUGUAUCUUCAGUUGUUAACCCAUUGAGCACCAGAAUGAGUGCUCUUCACUUGACAAGUAAAGUAGGGCACUUUAGGGUGUAAUUCAACUUAAUGGGUAAUUUCACUAUGUUAGCCUACAGUUAAACGAACAAGCUUUCAUUGUUAGGGAUGCCUACUCAGGUCAGGCUUCGAAUUUCCCUGAAAUCAAUCGACGGCAAUGGCAUUAAAAAUUGCCGUAGAACGUAACAGCUGUCUACGGCAAUUUUGACAGUUUCCGCGGCAGUUUUCAAAUUACUGUAAUAAAACUUUAAUUUUAUUGUUACUUUGGAUUUUUGACAAUCUAGAAACACGUCUACGUAUUUCUUUAGUAUUUUUUUUUUCGAAGAAAACUGAGACUAAAAUAGUGACUUACGCAUGAUUUGAUCAACAUCUGAAUUCAAGUAUCAAAAUAGUAAUGCACAGUGAAUAGUAUAAAAAUUGCACUAUACGGCAAAAAAUUGCCGUCGUUGCCGCAAUGAUCCACGGCAUUAUGUUCUCCCUCUACGGCAAUUGCCGCGAUUGCCGCGAUAAAAUUCGAGCCCUGGUGAAAAUGUUCAACUACUGUAAAAUAGGCCUUCCUCCUCUAGCAAGAAUAGAACCUGUGGCCAUGCUGUGUCAAUGCAGCUACAUGUAAUAUAUUUCUGAUAAUUAUUUCUGAUGUAAUUGCAUUACAAAGUUACAUUAACUAAUUGAGUGCCAGAACUUUCCCUUCGAUGAGUAAGAUUAUCUGGCAUUAGAUAGAGUAAAAUUAUAAUAAGGUAGGGCUGGUUGGGCUACAAUGCAACUCAAUGGGUUAAAGCAUUAAAAAUGUAUUCAUUUAGAAGUUAAGUUGAAAACAUCCUUUUAAACUGCCAGCAUUCAACCCCUUGCGAGUAAAUCAUCUGGCGUUAGACAAAGUAUCGUAUCAGGGUGCAAUGCAACUUAAUGGGUUUAUGCCAGCAGAGAUAAUGGGUUACUACUGUGCCCUACUUUAUCAUUUUACUCUGUCUAAUACCAGACGAUUUUACUUGACAAGAGGAGUGCCCAAUGUGUUAACCAAUACACCUGCCAAUGUGUCUUCAGUUGUUAACCCAUUGAGCACCAGAAUGAGUGCUCUCCACUUGACAAGUAAAGUAGGGCACUUUAGGGUGUAAUUCAACUUAAUGGGUAAUUCCACUAUGUUAGCCUACAGUUAAACGAACAAGCUUUCAUUGUUAGGGAUGCUUACUCAGGUCAGGCCUCGAAUUUCCCUGAAAUCAAUCGACGGCAAUGGCGUUAAAAAUUACCGUAGAACGUAACAACUGUCUACGGCAAUUUUGGCAGUUUCCACGGCAUUUUUCAAAUUACUGUAAUAAAACUUUAAUUUUAUUGUUACUUUGGAUUUAUGACAAGCUAGAAACAUGUCUAGUACUGUACGUACUUCUUUAGUGUUUUUUUUUCCAAGAAAACUGAGACUAAAAUAGUGAUUUACAUGUACGCAUGAUUUGAUCAACAUCUGAAUUCAAGUAUCAAAGUAGUAAUGCACAGUGAAUAGUAUAAAAAUUGCACUACACGGCAAAAAAUUGCCGUCGCCGCAAUGAUCCACGGCAUUUUGUACUCCCUCUACGGCAUUUGCCGCCAUUGCCGCGAUAAAAUUCGAGCCCUGACUCAGGUACAUAGUUGUACCCUACCAACGAAAGCUUGUUUAUUUCAUUGGCACUACCUACACUGGCAAAAACAGUUCAAGAUUAGCCUACAGUUAACCUAUGUUAACUUACUUCAUAACAAAUCAUAAUGAUGAGAAUUUUGCCCUUGUUUUCUCCAGUUCUGUCCUUAUUGGUGUUGCUGGUUCUUUACUUCUGGACAAUGUUGAUUGGGGCAGUGCGUUUUAUUGUAUUGGUAUCGCUGGCAUCACAUGGUUAAUAAUUUGGAAAGUCACAUUGCUGAGGAAUAGUGAUUUAAAACAUUCAAACGAUGUGCAGGAGUUGCCGUCCAAUAGUAAUAAAGUUUUUUCGGUUCCGUGGCUAUCGGUUUUAUCACACUGUCCGUUAUGGUACGUUUUUGUCAGCAGCACCUACAACUGUAUGGUGGAUGGCAGGGUGAAGGGGGGGGGGGGGGAUACAUGUAAGGGUUAAACAUGCAACAUAUGACGUAGUUUAGUGUUAGUUGACAGGAGCCCUAGCCAGAGUUCUGUUAUUUUUCAAGUUAUAUUUUCUGAAGCACGCCUAAUCAAUGCAGAGUGACAGUGUUUUUCUCAUUGUCCUUACUCUUUCUUUAACACUUUACAUUGCAGUUCGACUAUACAUAUCUUAGCUAGAAUUAUUAGAUAUGCGCAGUAAAACUGCGCAAUGCAAAAGUGAUGAAUCACUUUAAGUCAAGAUAUCAUGCAUAAAUUAUACAUUAGUGUCGUGCAUAAAUUAUACAAUGAGCAGAUGGAUUAACUGCGCAUUCAGUUUCUCUGACCGGGAAAGCAACACAAACUUUUAUUAAUUUCUUAUCGAAAUUGAACCAAAAUUUAAUCAAUUUGUUCGGUGCCUAUUUUGUGUUAAUACCGGAACCACACGCGGAGCCCAAAGGGCAAAGUCCGUUGCGAGAGUAUUCUGAUUCCGUACGGCUAUUUACAGCCGAGAAAAUUAGGAAAAAGUUAGGUGGUAGGAACAACGUGGUCGCAGCUAUACUUCCAGUCAGUUCAAAAAUAUGUAUAACAAUUUCCCUAUAAAUUUUCAUUAACAAAAACCAUAAAAGACGCAUUACACUUACCCUAAAGUCCUUGAAAACGACAAAAUAUUUCCUUAUUUUGCUUUCAACAUGUGCAUAUGAGAACAGGUGACACACGAGUGUCUUCUAAAAUAUUCAGUAAAUCGAAUGUAUACGGCAGACCAAUAUAUAAUUACAAGAAGAAACGGACAGUAAUGUGCAUCUAUGCAUGAAAAGUCUUCAAUAUGCCAAAAAGUGAUAUGGUUAGCGUCGUAUUUCUGUGCAUUAUAAAUAUAGUCUUUAUGGUUGCAGGAAUAUUCCUAAAUUCUGUGGUUAUAAUCAGUCUAUGGAGGUCGUCGCAACUUCGAAAGAAACUGUGCUACUUUAUGAUUUUUGUAUUAUCUUGUUUUGAUCUGGCUGUAGUCACCAUCACUCAUCCACUCUUGAUCGUGUCAACAAUUUCUGUUCCUCUUGGAGAAAAUAAUGAAAUAUGGGAGCGCACAAGAAGAUCAAUAUAUUUUGUUGUAUGUAAUUCCUCGAUGUUCGCGCUUUUUACGCUGAAUAUAGAACGAUUCCUAGCUUUAACGUGUCCAUUUUUCCAUCAAGCAUCAGUCACAAAAACAAGGCUUCUAUAUUUUCAGGCAUUUUUGACGGUUAUAAUAGUUGGUCUGUCACCAUUGGUAUAUUUUUAUUCGGACACCUUUGGCAAUCGUCUUUCAACUAUAAUUGUUUUAUCCCUCCUGUUCUUCUUCAUUUAUUCAUGUAAUUACAAAACUUUUAAAAUCGCGAAGUCAAAACGCGAGGACGAAAGUGAUAUUCCCAGUGCAGCAACGUCGAUGGACGAAAAUAGGAAAAAACGAAUCUUUUAUCUCACAAAUAUUUCUACAUGUUCUUUGGUGACUAGCUGCUUUUUCUUUUGUUCUUGCCCAGAAAUUAUAUAUUCAGUUUUACGUUUAGCAUCAGAAACGCGUUUAUCUGGGAGGCAAUUUUUGUUAUUCCAUCUGUGGUCAAGCACGUUUAUCUCUUUGAACUCGACAUUCAACUGUGUGAUAUUUUUCUGGAGAAAUUCAAUUCUGCGUCGAGAAGGAAUAAAGAUAGUAAACGCUUUCCAACGACACGUUACUAA